AUGGCGAUUAUCUCCGAUUUCCAAGAAGAAGACCAAACCACCAAACAAUCCCCUUCAUCUUCCCAACCCAAGCCAAAAUCCAUUCCGUUCACUUCCACCUUCGAUCCAUCCAACCCUGCCGCUUUUCUUGAAAAGGUCUUCGACUUCAUCGCUAAUGAGAGCGAUUUCUUUGACAAGGAGUCGGCCGAGAAGGUGAUUCUGAGCGGCGCUCGUGCUGUUAAGGUGAAGAAAGCUAAGGCUGUUGCGGCUGAGAAGGCGAAGAUCGCUGCGGAGGAGAAGGCGAAGGCUGAGAAGGCGGCCGCGGCGGCAGUUGCAAAGAAAGAUAAGGGAGUGGACGGGAAAGAAGAUGAAAAGAAGGAUGGAAAACCUGAAUUAGCUGCUCCUAAUAAGGGUAAUGGUAUGGAUCUGGAAAACUAUUCAUGGACUCAGAGUCUGCAAGAGCUCAAUGUUAAUGUUCCGGUGCCAAAUGGAACAAAAUCGAAGUUUGUCAUCUGUGAGAUUAAGAAGAACCAUCUAAAAGUUAGUCUCAAAGGACAGCCACCUAUUAUUGAUAGGGAACUGUACAAGUCUAUCAAGCCUGAUGAAUGUUACUGGAGCAUAGAGGAUCAGAAUACUAUUUCCAUUCUGUUAACCAAGCAUGACCAAAUGGAUUGGUGGAAAUGUCUUGUAAAGGGUGACCCUGAAAUUAAUACCCAAAAAGUUGAACCUGAGAGCAGCAAACUUGGUGACCUGGAUCCGGAGACUCGAUCUACUGUUGAGAAAAUGAUGUUUGAUCAGAGGCAGAAAUCCAUGGGCCUUCCUACUAGCGAGGAGCUUAAUAAACAAGACAUGAUGAAGAAGUUUAUGAGCCAGCAUCCUGAAAUGGACUUCUCCAGGGCAAAAUUGUCUUAG